UGGUUUGGAAUGCCAAGAUGAAAUAUACUCGUCGUCUCAGUACUCGACAGUAAAAGCUGAAAACAAUAAUUCGGGCCAUUCUAGCCCUAUAUCUGUCGUUGUAUCGGACUUAGUGAUAUCGUCGGUUGUGAACAACGACAAUAAUAAUAAUAAUGAAGUGACUGAAAGUAGAGGUGAUAGUAAACAACGGAUUUCGUCAACUGCCAAACUAUUUGGCGACAGUAUAGAGACUGGAGGUCCGAAUAGACCUCAGACUGCUACCAGCAAGAUUUUUGGACCGAGGACGGAGGAUAUGAACAAAGGAUUCUUGGCUUUCACGGGACAGGAGUCCCGUCUUACAAUGUUGAAAGACGAACCAGAAGAUCUGACACACCUAGCCCCCGUUGCUGGGGACGUGUGUGUCCCAUUGGAGGACCACCCUUUCAUCUCGGACAUGUUGGACGAUAUCUUACUGGAGAAUAAUUUCAGUUCCAUAUUGUCCGAAAGACCGAUAAUUACAUCAGAUCAGUUCUUGACCUACCGAGAUUUCCAGAACACGUCCCCGCAGAUGCUGUCGCCUAAUGAUUUUUCCAAGCAGUCCGAUUGCAGUCUUCCCUCUCUCAACAGUCCGAGCGAUUCUCUUUUAGACGACGACAUGUCUACGUUCACUAAUAUUCACAUGGAAGAUGAUCCUGAUAGCAACAACGAUAUCCUACUGAAAGUAAAAUCCCCUUCUCCGAUUCCGAUGUCCGAACAAUUUCCCUUAAUGUUUACGACUGAUCUCAUGUGGAGCACUGUUGAGGAAGAAGUGGAAAAACCGGAAAGUAAUUCCAGUUUAGCACAGCUGCUGUCCAGCAAACACAACCUCAAAAUGAACGAUCACGGAGGGGGAAUAUUGCAGGAAAACGACAUGGACGAUAUCUAUAACGCAAAAUUUACUCGCAAAAACUGGAUCAAUAAUAACACCAACUCACAGCUGAAUAAACUAGAGCGUUCUCCGAGUGUCAAAAGACCUAAUUCAAGUACAUACAACCAGUCAAACAAGAGAACGCGAAGCGAACCCAAGGAAAAAAUGUCUUCCGAACUCCUACAUCAGCUGAUGUCGAAUAACCACAACAGGGGCAGGCAAAAAUCCAAAAGUAACUGGUUAUUAGAGAACGGUUCGGAGAAAGCCGCUUGUAUAUCUCAACCAAGCGACAGUGUGUUGAUGAAUCUUCUGGACGAUGCUACUACCAGAUCAUUGUUGGUGUUCGGGACCUCUCUGGACCCUUUCAGCUUCGAAGAAAAAAAGAAAAGCCUGUUGGACAAUGAUGACAGUCGUCGACAACUCCUUCGCAAGAAUUCCGUCAGCUUACUGGAACCUGAAGCGUCGUCCUUGGCAUCGCUUAUGGACCUCAAUCAGCAGGACUACGAAGUGAAUGCGCCCGUCGGUAGCGUCCUUCUCCAAGGACAAGAUCUUCUGACAGCUCUGGAAGCAAACACAGCGUCGAUUUAGCUAGAUCUUGCGGCUAAAGAGACAGUUGCACGAGAGUUUGAAAUACCACUUAUUAUUGUUAAGGGGAAAAGUGUCACUGUUGAGAAUGUCAAAGUUGUUGUUUGAAAGGGGGUAAACAAUGGUGAGGCUUGGGUAGGUGUAUCUUGAUUCAGGUUGUUAUUUUACACCCGGUUGUACAAUCAAAGCAGGACAUUCACUUUAUAAUAACGAUAAAGGAAAAAGUGUCGGAAGUAUGAUAUAGUAUAACAGAAAAGUAACUUUUAUAUUUUGUCCCAAAACUAUUUCACAAUAAUUAGAAAGAGAAUAAUGCCAUAAAUGGCGUUUUCUUAACGGGAGAUGUCAUCACCUUUACUUGGUGAUUUUCAGUUGACUUUUACAUUUUAAACAAUUCACAUCUUGAACUAAAAAACCGGGAUGAGGUUUCAAUGAUAAAAUGAUAUAAAAACAUGCAAGUAAUUGUUUAAUAUUGAUGGUGGUUACUGAUUUGCAUUGUAACAUUCAAACUCAUACAACAAAUCAUGUAAUUAACGGAUUCUAACUCUGUAUUAAAUAAAAUACACAACACUUCAAGACUUAUACUAUAAAAAAAAGGAGAAAUUUUUUUCACAUGUCAUCAUUCCAUUAUUUUUGACGUGUUUCACCAUGUCUCGAGAAUGGAAUAAUCCUUUCAUCAUCAACUCUCAAUUUUUGGCUAAUCCCACGAUUAUGCAUUUGAAAACUUUCAUAAUGGGUUUUUCCUAAAUUGUGGCAGUCGAAUGUUUGUAACUGACUUCGACAUGAAUGAAUAAAUAUUUUCAAAUACAAUUUGAACUUUUACUGCGUUUUUAUUUAACUUUAAACACAUUCGAGAAAUUGAAUUAACUACAUUGAUAUUAACAAUCACACUUGACUUAUGCAUUGUUGAACCAGGUUUUUUGCUUUUCACAGCUUCACGAUAUUAAUAAAACCUCAAGAUACUACUACUUGAGCCAUAGUUGUAUAUGUCUCCAAAUUACCUAAAAGUUUGACUUCACAAUACCUGAGCUCCCACAUUCUGAAAAAUUAAAUGCAACAUGUCCAAUGAAUAAUGAAUAAACAAGGUCACAUAUCAAACAAUUUUUCUUUGGUAAAUAUAACAUGUGAGUUGAACUCACAUUUCGUAAAUUGUUUUACUACCAAAUAUCUGUUCAGAUUUCUGCCAGUUAAUAUGAAUAUCUCUCAAAGAAUCAACAAAAAUGUAAACAAAUAAAAAAAUUUUUUACAUUUCUUCUUAGUAUAUAUUGCAUUGAAAGUUGUUGAGAACAAGAGAAAGCGAUUUCUCAUUUGGCAGUUAACGAGAAAGUUUGGGUUUGCAAAUUUCCUAACAGAUGACUUUUUUCCAAGAGAAGUUGUCAUGUAUUACUAAGAAUUGUUCUCAAUAAAAACGUUGUAUUCAUGAUCUGGCCUAGUAUUACUUUGCCACUGGGAUCGUCUAGUAUUUAACAGAAAUUAUGGAAUUUAAAAACGUCUUAUUCAAUUUUUAAUAUACAAUGGAUUUAUUCUGUAAUUUGCAUUAUUAUUAUUGUUAAAUAAGCUGUUUUCUCCUAUUCUCAAGAGAAGAGAACAACUUAUUGAUCAUAAACUGAAAGUGGUAUAUUCUUUGAAAAAUUCCCAUAUUUUUUUUGUAUAAAGAUGGAGAAUUUGUGUAAAGAUGGAGAAGUAGAAAGCCAAAACAUUUCUUUAUUGAUCAUAAUUUUCGAACAGAUAGAAGUUUCUGAAAAUCACUGCAAAGAAUUUAAUUUAAUAUUAAUUCGUUAUUGUCAGUUACCUUGUGAAAAUAUAUUAGCUAUUAGAGAAAUAAUCUAUUACAGGUUAUUCAUUUCUCACCGGUUACUUUUAAGAGUUCAGGUAUUUACAUGUCAACCUUUCACACGAUGAAGUUUUCUAAAGCUGGGUUUUUGUUACAAAAAUAAAUAUAAACUUGUUUUGUACAGUUUUCGUUUGAAACACGAAAAAUAAAAAGAACAUUUCAAAAAGUUUCUGUAUGUUAUAACAGCAGAAGAAUAAGAAAAAAUCCAAUGGAAUUUGAAAUGUAUUGAAUGGUUUUUAUGAAUACCUUCACAUAAUCCAGCUGUCCUAGGAACUUCCUCCCUUUCAUAUUCUUAAGAAUUGGGUUAUAAUAUUAUUAAAAAAGUGAGAAUGGAAUGGUUAAAAACUAAUGGAGAAUUGCUGGUGUGUCAUUUUCUGUUCAGGUAGUCUACAAACAGAUUUGAAAUGUUUUGAAAUUAGGAUUCGUACCUAGAAUGUUUGCAUAUGAGAAGGAUAAUAAAAAGACAUUUGAAUGCUGUUUCAGAUAUAUUUUUUUGUUUACUAAGUACCUUGAUGAAUUUUAUAAUGCUCACUUUUACCAAAUACUUUCUUUAGAAUUAUCUACUUUUUUCAUGAAUGGUAAUAAUCUGUAUAUAGGGUAUUGUAUAUAACUUCUUACUUCAUGGUUCUUACUCCAAAUAUUGUGAAAAUUCAAUUCAAUGAACAUGAGAAUGCAACAUAAAGUCAUUUUUCGCUAUGGUUUUCAUCAUUUUCAAAAGGCUUUCAACCUGUAUACUGGAAUUAUUUUUGAAUUCUAGCCAAAUCUAUUUUUUGAAUUUUAUGUGCUUCCAUGAAGACAGCAUGAGGACCAUUCAAAUAACAAGAAGGAAGGAUAUGACCGAUAAUAUUGCUUCUCAGGAGAAGCUGUAUUGUUUUUAUCUCAUAAAGAUGAAAAUUUCACAAGUUCAUUUUAAUUAUUUUAAGUUUUUUUGACACAUAAAAUGCUGAUUAAAUAAAUUCAUGAAUACAAACCCAAAGUGCUUCUAGUUGUCAAAAAUUUGUUCCAUGAUCUGAAAAUAUUUAUCAAUGUUGACAAAAUUUUGAGGAAAAAACAUCCUAAUAGAAACAGUCUGAUCAAAAGUACCUAGCCAAGGUUUUCAGAUUUGAAACGGAAGAGGAAGCACUUUUGUUUGUCACCCUGUAUAUUCGCCAAGUAUUGAAAAAUACUAGUUAUUUCAUUAGUUUCAUUCGCAGACCUCACUUGAUUCUCUGGCAAUCUUACUCGCAACAACUGAUAUUCAUUCUUCAAACGCCAUUUAUCAUAUUUUAUUGUCGUUUUAAUUUUACUUAGUUUUGAUUAACCUGAUGAUCUCUGGGGCAAAAAUGUUUUGAGACCACAGAGUAAGCUUCGGGAAUGUUUGACAGUUUCUUCUCUGUUAUGUCUAUUCACUGUUUCAGAUUUUAAAAGGAAUGCAUUGCAGUCCACAAACUUUUUUCCUCAGAGGCCAACUAAACAUAUCUUGAAUUUUCAAGCUCUCUUUCUGCUAUUAAAAGUAGUGAUAAAUUGGUUUGCAUAUUAACAUGUGGCCUAGAAUUGUUGUAUAUCAGAAUAAAGUAUAUUUUAGUGGAAGUUUAAGAAAUUUGGUGAUUUGUGAAUGUUACGAAUAAGAAUUUGUUUUUUCAGCUCAAAUUUGACUAAUUGAGCUUUCGAUUUUUAACUGUACACAAAACGUCAUGUUUCUUAGUGCAACUUCGAUAUCUUUUUAUAUUUUAUCAGUAGUUUUUUAUCAUGAACAGAGAAAAUGUAGAAAACUGCCAUAUUUAGAUAAGGCUCAUAUUCAUAUACUAAUCUAAUUACUAAGUAUAGUAUGGAAGAUAAUAAAAAUAUAUAUACAUAUACCUUUUCAUAUAUCAUACUAUUUAAUAGUUUCAAUUUCAAUUGCAAGGUUGUCGUUCAUAAUUCCUGGGUUAUGUCUCAAAAGUUUCACAAUUUUUCAAAAAUGGAUAUUUUUGCAAAUCUUAUAAUCAUAUUUAUGCAAAUUAGAUGAAUAAUAAAUGAUCUGCAUUUAUUUAGAUAAGUGUAGUUUUAACUUUUAUACGAAUCAAAUGUGCUAUAUUGGUGAAAAUCUUGUAUAAUUAUUUUUACAAAAUGAAUGUCACAUAAUUUCAAUGUUAUUGAUAAAUGUUUGUGUAUUAGUAAGGUAAUAUUGUUCAUGAAUUUUAUAAAAUUGGAAUAAGAUGGGAAUUUGGACAGCAAUAAAUUGUAUUUGUUUGGGAA